GAACAUUAUCUAAGAUGAUUGUAAGUAAAAGCAGCGGAAUGAGGUUAAAGGACUUGGGCAAUCUGUCAGUUCUACAAGGUGAUAUUUUGAUUGAGGAAUUGCAAAAUGUUGUGAAUGUUCAAGAAGCAAUGGAUGCGAGGCUAAUGGAUAAGACAGGCCUUAAGGAAAUAAGGUUGGCAUGGAGCAAAGACUUUGAUGGUUCCCGGGAUAAAACUCUUGAAUUGGAUGUGCUUAAUGCAUUAAAGCCCCAUGAAAACUUAUCAAGACUUGAAAUUGACCAUUACGGGGAUGCAAAAUUCUCUAAUUGGAUUGGAGAUUCAGGAUUCUUUAAUUUGGCAAAGAUAAGCUUCGAUUUUUGUAAAAAUUGCACAUCUUUGCCUCCAUUAGGGAAGCUACCUAUGCUAAGAGAAUUGAGCAUUCGAGGCAUGGAUCAAGUAAAAGUGAUCGGAGCUGAAUUUUAUGGGAGUAGAGGCCAUGGAGAAUUACCUUUUCCAUUGCUUAGCAGUCUGAUGUUUGGGGACAUGCCAAAUUGGGAGGAAUGGCUUGCAGUAGCUCAAGAAGUCGGUGUUAUCGAAUUUCCUCAGCUAUGUAAAUUUUACAUAAGAAGAUGUCCCAAAUUGGUCAGCCUUUCAAAUAUCUUACAGCUAUCCCUUCGUGAAUUAGAAGUACAAAGUGUAAGGGGGGUGGUCCUAAAUCAUGUGCACCAUUUGGAAUCUUUAACCCAAUUAAGAUUGACUAGAAUUUUUGGAUUAACUUCAUUUUUCAAAGCAUUCGUGCAGUUUCCUUUUACACUUGAAAAUUGUGAAGUUAUUGAUUGUGAUGACCUUGUGACUCUCUGGCCAAGUGAUAACACUGAGCAAUGCCUAGUCAACCUACAACAAAUGUCUAUUGAAAGUUGUCCUCAGCUAUUGUCUCUUCAAGAGAUUGAUGUUCUUCCUCAUCUUAGGAAUCUUCUGAUAUGGAGUUGUGGAGCUCUGGAGUUGUUCCCUAAUAUAAUAGCUCGUCUUGACGUGCUGGUUAUAGACAAUUGUCCAUCAUUGAAGAUGAUGUCGUCGCUUCAGAAUUGCAGCACCACACUUAAAGAUCUAAUUAUUAAUGGCUGGGUGAAUUUGAACAUGACAAAUUUACUAGGACAUGGCUACAGUUACUCAUGUCUCACUCGCCUAUAUAUAUAUAUUCUUGUGAUGGUCUGGAGUUGUUUCCCCAUGGAGGUUUGCCUACCCCAAAUUUGAGAAGUCUACAUAUAUAUGGUUGUCAACAUCUAAAGUCCUUACCUGAUCAGAUGGAACUGCUUGUCUCUUGUGUACCUGGUGGUGGGUUAUUGUCCAUCAUUAACAGAGCUCUUUCCACAAGGAAAUGUUCCCCCAAUUCUAUUCCAACUUUCAAUCAGGCAUUGCGGGAACCUAAAGCCCCUGGUGGAGUUGGACCUACAGAAACUCACUUCUCUUCGUCAUUUCCUCUUUGGUGGAAAUCCAGAGCUGGGGUCCUUCACUAAUGAAGGACAUUACGUGCUUCCUCCAUCUCUGUCUAAGUUGGAGUUGCAUGAGCUGCCGAAUCUGAAAACUCUAUCAGAAGGCAUUUAGUCAUUGACAAAUGCCCAAAGCUUGUUGCAUUGCCUAUGGAAGACCGGGUUGACAAGCUUUCUAGCCUUUUGAUUGGAGGCUGCACACUUCUUAAGAAAAGGUGUUUGAAAUACAAAGGAGACUACUGGCCAACCAUUGCUGAUAUUCCCUAUGUCGAAAUUGAUGGCCUUUCUGUCUAUGAUCCAGAUUCAAGUGCAUGAGUUACAUCAGCUUAGGCUCGGAAGUGAGAGGAUUUUGAGAACUCCUAUAGAAUCAUCGACUUCACUGAAGAAUGUUCCAAUUCGACAGCCGGUUUUGACGUGGCGUCUUUCGAAGAACUCGGAUACUCAGAGAACAACCUUUUGCCUGAGAUGUUCAGAGAAUUAUGAAAAGUUUUAAAUCAUGCAAAUGUUGAUGACUGUUUUUUGCUUAUUUGUUAAUUAAAAUUGUGUACAUGUAUUGCA